CUUCGGUACCUCCACCCCGAAACAUGGAUAAUCCAUUCUGACCGCUAGACCAGAGCGGCCGUGUGCGGAGAUCGCUCGUUCGGGGCUACGCCCACACUGAGCUCCUGAUCCUAGGGCAGGCAGGCAGAGUGUAAAAUGGCGCACAGCUGUCGGUGGCGGUUCCCUGCUCGGCCCGGAGGGAGCAGCAGCUCGGGCACCGGGAGGAAAGCGGGCCGAAUUCGAGUCAAUGCUUCCCUCCGAAACAGCGCGGGCACUAAUCCGAACGCGAACGGGCUCGGGCCCGGUUUCGACGCUGCGUUGCAAGUGUCCGCUGCCAUCGGCAGCAACCUGCAGAAAUUUCGGGAUGUUUUGGGGGAGUCGAGCGGCUCCAGCAGCGGGGAGGAGGAAUUUGGAGGCUUUAGCACAGUCAGUGACAACAGAAGAAUCCAUAGCCUAGGAAGGACGUCAAUAGGUUCUAUCUCACCAGAAAAGAAACCCAGAGGACGUCCUCCUAGGGCUCUAGCUGUGCAGAGAGUUGGCGCUGAUAUUGAGACAGCCCCUUUGCCUCUCGCCACAGCUCCUACAGAGAAGGUAAAACGACCACCAGGGAGGCCUCCUGGCACUGGAGAACAAAAAAGAAGAGGCCGCCCUCCUGCUUCUGCCAGCCAGAGGAGCUGGCAACAGAGCGGCCAUGCACUCCCUGAAGAGGAUGGGGAUGCAGAACAGCAGUGCAGCUCCAGUCCCACACACCACAAGGACGGUGUGGAGGACAAAGACAAGGAGAAAAGGCAAACUCUGCUUGGUUCUGGGCACCAUCAGAGAUCUGAGGCUAAGCUUCACAAAAUCAGCCGGGAGUCCAAGGUGACCAAACUGAAAAGAUUGCAGGAUGUCAAACUGAGCCCACUGAAGUCUAAGCUGAAGGCCAUUGUGAGGGAGAGUGUCCCAGUUCCUGGUGUGCGAAGACGGGGGCGGGGCAGGCCACCUUCUGCCGAGCGUCUCAAAGCUGAAGCUGCUGCCGCUGCUGCUCAGGCUGCUAACGCCGCCUCGGCCCAGGAGAUGACCACCAUGGCACCUGGGACUGCCAAACAUAAGGCCUUCAGGGUUCGUGCCCAAACUCCACAAUAUCUCAAGCUUAGGGCUUCUCAUCCUGCUGAUGAACGCACUAGCCCAGAUCCCCAUGACUCCCCUACAGUCAACCCAAUGACCCCAAAUAAAUACGGGAGGCCGUUAGGGUUACGUCAGAGCCCUCGCCAUAUCAAACCUGUGCGGGUCGUCCCUCCCUCCAAACGCACUGAUGCCACUAUUGCAAAGCAGCUGCUGCAGCGGGCAAAGAAGGGGGCCCAGAAAAAGAAGCUAUUGGAAAAAGAAGCUAUUGGCACCCAGGGAACUGCAGGUCUUGAGGGUGGGAAGCACAGGAGGCGAACGCAACUAACAAACAUCAGGCAAUUUAUCAUGCCUGUUGUGAGCACAGUGUCGUUGCGCAUCAUCAAGACUCCAAAGCGGUUUAUUGAGGAUGAGGGCAGUUUCAGCACUCCACCACCACACAUGAAAAUUGCUCGAUUGGACUCUGCAGCAUCUGCUCCAGCACCUCAACCCAUAACACCCGCCCCAGCUCUUGUUUUCACAGCUCCCGUCACAAGUGGAACCACUGCCACACCCGGGGCAGGCCCUGCUGUGGACUCUCUCCCUCCUCCCCCACCUCCUGUCCCAACUGGCAGCGCCAACAACAUUGCAGCCAGUCUCCUUAACAGCAGCUGCAAUAAUAGCACUAGCAACGGGAGAUUCAGUAGCAGUGCAGCAUCUUGUGGCUCCAGCGCUGUUUCGCAGCAUUCCUCUCAGCUCUCUUCUGGCGAGUCAUCUCGUUCCAGCAGCCCUAGUCUUGAUGACUCCUCCUGUGAUUCCCAGGCCUCUGAGGGUACCCCGGCCCUCUCAGAAGAGGCAGAUCAUUCCCCUGCCUCUCAGGGAGAGACAGAGGCCAGCCUGCACCACGCCUCGCACCUACCAUCACCACCAUCCGAGCCGGAGCCAGACCAUAUAGUGUUGAUGGAGCGCAGGAGUCGGGGUCGCAGAGGUCAGAGUCACAGGCGGGGUGCUUUAGUGGCCCGUGGUAGGGGCAGCCUGAUUGGUGGAAGGAAACAGGCCAUCAUCAGCCCAGCGACAGGGGUUUCACAAGCUGGAUCUCAACAAGCCUCUUCCACGGCAUCGUCAUCCUCUUCCCCACCACCUCCUCUUCUCAGCCCUCCUCAGGGAGCUUCAUCUAAUGCACCUGAGCAUCACUCCUCUCCAUGGAUGAUGUCACAUUCCAUUGCCCCUUUUCUACCCACCCCUCCAAUACUCUCCAGCUCUCACGACAAACGUCGCUCCAUACUACGAGAGCCCACUUUCCGCUGGAAGUCUUUGUCAUGUGCUGAGAAUAAGUACUUCUCCUCUGCCAAGUAUGCAAAGGAGGGCCUUAUCCGCAAGCCCACUUUUGACAACUUUCGUCCUCCUCCACUGACUGCUGAGGAUGUGGGCCUCAUGCCACCAGGACCUGGUGGAGGUGGCGUCGCACCAGGAGGAUUCCCAGUGCAAGCUGGUGGUGCAGCUGGGACAGGUUCCAGACUUUUCUCCCCCCUGCAUCAUCAUCCUCAGCACAAUCACCACCAGCACCCAUCGUCGCGGUUUGAAACGCCACUCCAAAAGCGUAGCCCCCUACUACGUCCCCCUUUCUUCACUCCAAGUCCAGCUCAUUCCCGCAUCUUUGAGUCUGUCACCCUCCCAUCCUCAUCAGGGAGCAGCCCUGGCUCUCUGUCUCCCCUUCAGGUCUCACCAACAUCAAACAAAACGAGAAAGGGGUCUAGGUUCUCACGUGGGCAACCCAGGUCACACUCACACUCUAUGACUACUAGAAGCAGUCAGUCAGGAGUUCAAACAGGGAAGGCCUCUGAACAAUCCAUGAUUAGCAGUUCUGUUCCCAUAAGCGUGACUGGGAAUUCCAGUCCAUUGCCUGGAGUUGCAGUCCGUCCACUUGCUGCCAGUGCCUUAUCACAAGCUUCUUUCAGUGGCUUCCCCUCAGGCUCCAUUGGCCUUACGAGCCACGGAGUUUCCGAUGGGUGGCGAGCAGCAGGGGGUCUCAGUGUGAGUGGGAGUUCUGCUUCAUCUUCACAGCUUUUCCCACGUUUUACCCCCAGUAAUCAAGGAUCAGGUGGGGGAACUGGAAAAGCAGGAAGGGAACAGAGCAUCUCUGCUACUAGAGACACAGGUACAAAGGAGAAGGACAGGGACAUGGAGAAGAAUAGAGAGCGUGAAAAGGAGAACAAAAGAGAUGGAAGGAAAGACUGGGAUAAAAGAGGGAAGAGCCUUCCAUCAGAGGCUUCCCCUAAUUCUACAUCCAGCCUCUUUCCAAUGGAGGCCAGGGACAUUGAAGAAUCGCUCACCCAAAAAAGGACACCUGGUCGAAAGAAGUCAGUCACCGUUGACUCUGGUGCAGAGGCCUCCCCAAGUGACUCUGCAGCAGUUCAACCUGUUGGGGCCUUGUCCUCCAAGGGUCGUCUGGCCAAAAAAGGCAGACUUUCAGAGAAGAGUAUUGAAGCAGAGGGAGUAGAGAGGGAGAAGGACAAGGAGAAAUUGAGUGCUCCUACCCAAGCAGGGCAGAUGGGAAAACCCCCUACCACCACAUCACUGGACUCCGUGUUAGAUCAUGCCGAGAAACAGCCAGUCACAGACAGGCGUGUCGCAAAACUGCUGAAAGAAGCUAAAGCUCAGCUCAAUAGAAUAGAGAAGAGAGAGGUACAACCUGGCGAUCAACCCAAAUUACCGGGUCAAGAGAGUGACUCUUCUGAGACGUCAGUCCGUGGUCCACGCAUUAAGCAUGUGUGUCGUCGUGCAGCUGUAGCUCUGGGUCGCAACCGUGCUGUGUUCCCAGAUGAUAUGCCUACCCUUAGUGCCUUGCCAUGGGAGGAGAGAGAAAAGAUCUUGUCUUCCAUGGGAAAUGAUGACAAAUCAUCAGUGGCAGGAUCAGAGGAGGCGGAGCCACCCACGCCUCCUAUUAAGCCAGUAACAAGGCAGAAAACGGUCCAUGAGGCCCCACCCAGAAAGGGCCGGCGCUCUCGACGCUGCGGGCAGUGUCCAGGCUGCCAAGUCCCAAAUGACUGUGGGAUCUGCACUAACUGCCUGGAUAAGCCCAAAUUUGGGGGACGCAAUAUUAAAAAGCAAUGUUGCAAAGUACGGAAGUGUCAGAACUUGCAGUGGAUGCCGUCGAAGUUUCUUCAGAAGCAGGCAAAAGGUAAAAAGGACAGGAGGAGAAAUAAAUUGUCAGAAAAAAAGGAUUCACAUCACAAAUCUCAGUGUUCUGAAGCAAGCCCCAAGCCAGCCCUUCCUCCAAAAGAUGACCCUCCCCGUAAGAAAAGUGAAACGCCACUGCCUACGCAGGGAGAGGACAAACAAAAGCAGGCACAACCUUCUGCACCAUCCUCACCAGCUUCCUCCCCAAAGGACCCUCCGCUCUCUAGUCCUUCUGAUGACCCUAAACAUUCUCAAACCCCUUUGAGCUCAACCUUUCGAAAGAAAUUGAAGCAGCAGCUCAGUUCUUCACCCACCCCUGUACACACUGCCCCAUCUUCCCCACCAGCACAGUCCCAGCAGUCCUUGCAACAGCAAAGCCAAUUGCUAGCAAAAAAGGAAGGUCUUGCAAAGUCCCAGCCCACUGAGCCCAAGAAGAAAUCUCAGCAACAAAGUCAGCCCAGUUCCGCCACAGACACAGCAUCCGAAGCAAAGCUAAAGAAACAGACCACUCGAUGUGUUCAACCACUCAAGCCUAAACCAAAAGAAAAGUUGAAACAGAUACCCAAACCUGACAGCAGUACUUUAAACUCCCAGAGCACUCCUUCGACUGAGGGCGCCGCCAAGCAGAAAGCGCCCUGCGAUGGAGUGCAUCGAAUCAGAGUAGAUUUUAAGGAGGACUAUGACAUUGAGAAUGUGUGGGACAUGGGUGGACUCAGCAUUCUCACCUCUGUGCCAGUCACCCCGCAGGUGGUGUGCUUUCUCUGUGCCAGCAGCGGUAAUGUAGAGUUUGUUUUCUGCCAGGUGUGCUGUGAACCCUUCCACCUCUUCUGCUUGGGGGAGACAGAACGCCCCCAUGAGGAACAGUGGGAGAACUGGUGUUGUCGCCGAUGCCGCUUUUGUCACGUCUGUGGCCUGCAGUAUCAGAAAACCAAACAGCUACUGGAGUGUGACAAGUGCCGAAAUAGCUAUCACCCUGAGUGCCUGGGACCCAACCACCCUACCAGACCCACCAAGAAGAAAAGAGUCUGGAUUUGCAACAAGUGUGUGUGCUGUAAGAGCUGUGGAGCCACCAAACCAGGGAAAGCCUGGGAUGCUCAGUGGUCACAUGAUUUCUCUUUGUGUCAUGACUGUGCCAAACUCUUAGCUAAAGGCAAUGUCUGCCCAUUCUGUAAUAAGUGCAAUGAUGACGAUGACUGUGAUAGCAAAAUGAUGAAGUGCAGGAAGUGUGAUCUCUGGGUCCAUGCCAAAUGUGAAAGUUUAACAGAUGAUAUGUAUGAGCUAUUGUCUAACCUGCCUGAGACUAUGGCCUACACCUGCGCAAACUGCACUGAGCCCCAUUCUGCUGAGUGGCGCACUGUCUUGGAGAAAGAAAUUCAGAAGUCCAUGCAGCAAGUUCUCACUGCCCUGCUCAACUCCCGCACAUCCACUCACCUGCUUCGCUACAGACAGGUGGUUAUGAAGCCACCUGAGCUGAACCCAGAGACAGAAGAAAGCCUUCCCUCACGCCGUUCCCCAGAGGGCCCUUUCCCCCCUGUGCUGACGGAGGUCUCUCCGCCAAAUGAUUCACCGCUCGAUUUGGAGUCUGUGGAGAAGAAAAUGGAUUCUGGACGCUAUAAAUCUGUGCUGGAGUUCAGUGAUGACAUUGUGAAAAUCAUCCAGACAGCCUUCAAUUCAGAUGGAGGUCAGCUAGAGAGCAGGAAGGCAAACAGCAUGCUCAAGUCCUUUUUUAUUCGGCAAAUGGAGCGGACUUUUCCAUGGUACAAGGUGAAGGAGUCCAAAUUCUGGGAGACGCGCAAAGUCUCUCCUAAUAGUGGACUGCUUCCCAAUGCUGUGUUGCCCCCUUCUUUGGAUCACAACUAUGCCCAGUGGCAGGAGAGGGAGGAGAUAGCCAGGGCUGAGAAACCUGUGCUAAUGAAAAAGAUCAUCCCGGCUCCCCAUCCUAAAGCACCUGGAGAACCUGACUCGCAGAUUGCCCCCACACCACCACCUCCUCCUCCACCCAUGCUUAUCCAUGACCACAGCCCUGAAGACAGCCCUGAUAUUCCCCCUCAUUCUGGUAUAGGUGACAAUAGACGAUGUGCGCUUUGUCUGAAUUAUGGAGAUGAGAACACAAAUGAUUGUGGGAGACUGCUUUAUAUUGGCCAGAAUGAGUGGAUCCAUGUGAACUGCGCACUUUGGUCAUCCGAGGUGUUUGAAGAUGUUGAUGGUGCACUCAAAAAUGUCCACAUGGCAGUCAGGAGAGGCAAAAAGCUGCAAUGUGAAAAUUGUCACAAACCUGGAGCCACGGUGAGUUGUUGUCUGACCUCCUGUACCAACAACUACCAUUUCAUGUGUGCACGUCAGCAGCAGUGUGCCUUUUUAGAGGACAAGAAGGUUUAUUGUCAGCAUCACAGAGAUCUCAUAAAGGGCGAGGUGGUGCCAGAUUCAGGCUUUGAAGUUACUCGGAGGGUCCUUGUGGACUUUGAGGGAAUAAGUCUGAGAAGAAAGUUUGUUAAUGGGCUUGAACAAGAUAACAUUCACAUGAUGAUAGGGUCUAUGACCAUUGACUGUCUUGGUAUGCUAACUGAACUGUCUGAUUGUGAGAGGAAGCUAUUUCCUGUGGGAUACCAAUGCUCAAGGGUCUACUGGAGCACUCUAGAUGCCCGCAAGCGCUGUGUCUAUAAAUGUAGAAUUUUAGUGUGCCGCCCCUCUAUGACUGAAACUAUCAAUAACAACACAGCAGCUCAAGAAGAAAACCACACAAUUGCUCAUAGUCCUUCACCUGUUUCAGCUGAGGUGGAUGCUGCGUUGAUUGGACCCACAGAUUCCACAAAACCAUCAAAUGUGCCUUCCACACCAAAACCAAGGGUUUAUUUUAGGAACAGACACCCAAGCUACCCUCCAUGUCAUCGUUCUCCCUCAACCAGACCACUUCCCUCCCCAGAUGGUUUUAGUAAUUCAGCCCAUGAAAUUGUGACUGUGGGUGACCCUCUGCUGAGCUCCACUCUACGAAGCAUUGGAUCUCGUCGACACAGCACUUCGUCCAUCUCUGCUCAACAACCUAGGCAAAAGGUUUCCUCUCCUCAACAGGGAGGCACAGUAUCCAUUCAGACAGGCAAUUCAUCUGCCCCAUCCCUGUCCUUAACCACAAAGGAAACUUUAACCAGGGACACAGACAAAGGAAGAGCACCAUCUGGAGAGAGAUCUCACAAUCGAGAGGCAAAUUCAUUGAACGCUGGGGCACAGCGUCGACUCAGUUUUGGUUUCACUGAAAGAAUAGAAGCAACCAAAAAGCAGGCAGAUGGUGAGAGUUUGAAGUCAUCGCAACCAGUUAGCAUAAGUCAGGUGUCACCACCUCUUGGAACUGUGGUAUUAACAGGACAUCAAAGAGGAAGUGGCAGUUUAAAAACCGAGAAAGGGAAACAAGCCACAAAAGAUACUGACCUACCAGCCGGAGCCACUUUUAUUUCCAGUCAUCCACUUGCCACGCUUCCCAAGGACAAAGCUAAUCCAGUCAAGGAAGCAAAUGUGACAUCAGUGGCUGUAUCAAAAGACACAGGAAAGACUGGGUCUCCACAACCAGUUUACAGCAAAAGUAGGAAAUCUCACGACUUUGCGUCUGGUCCAGCUGCAGCAGCAGCAAUGAAGCCUCUCUGGUCAUCUGGUGCCAAGGUGGGAGAGGAGGACAUAAAGCGUGGCUUCCAGGCAAGUGCUGCAGUCACUGCUAGUCCUGGAACCUCUAGCACCAAAGAAAAACACUCCAAAGUCAAAAUGAAUGUGAGCAGGGAUGUUUCAAAAGAAAGAAAAGAGACUGCUCAAAACCAAAACCCAGUCCUUAACAGCAACUCUAAAAGCAGUAAUGUCAAAACACAAGGUCAGGGUCCACCUCCUCACAACAGUAGCAAUAAAGCCACAGCACUCAGCAGCAACACGGGGUCUAGCACAGUGGAAGUUAAUAAAUUUAAUCAGAAGGAAAUGGAGAAGCCAGUAAAGUCCAAAGAGAAAUUUAGCUUAGAGAAAAAGCAUAGUUCCGCCAUUGAUGCUAUUCAGCCGAAAGCAGGGUCUGAAAGAUGUAUUAGGCCAUCACAGGUACAUCCUAAAUCAAGUAAGGAAGUUACUCCAGUGGUGAAGAAACACAAUGAGAGGCUGCCUCUAAUGUCUCAGAAAAUGGAUCCUAAUGGAACCAAAGCUGUCAGCAUGCCCCCUAACACAAACACAUACAGUUCUGUCACCCCUAGCAGCCAGGGCCCCCAAAGAAGGUCCUCUCGAGCGAUGGUUUUAUCCCCAUCUGCAAGCUCUGAAAGCUCAGAAUCAGACAGCCACAUUCACCCAGAUGAUUCUGAGGAGCACCUCAUGGACCACCAGUGUGCCGAUGAUGGGGAGGACCAUAAUUUAGAGGAUGAAGGCAGUGUCGAUAAGCACCACGAGGAGGAUAGUGAUGGUUCGGCAGGUUCAGCAAAGCGCAGAUACCCAAGGCGGAGUGCCCGUGCUAGAUCAAACAUGUUCUUUGGGCUAACCCCAUUCUAUGGUGUGCGAUCAUAUGGGGAGGAAGACAUACCCUUCUACAGAACUGGUGAAAUCUCCAUGAAAAAGCGCACUGGGAGCAGCAAGCGUUCAGCUGAAGGACAAGUUGAUGGGGCAGAUGAUAUGAGCACAUCUUCUUCAGCAGACAGUGGAGAGGAUGAAGAAGGAGGAAUUGGUUCAAAUAAGGACACAUAUUAUUACAACUUUACACGCACUAUAAUAAACCCAAACUCUGGUCUUCCACCUAUUGCGGGUAUUGAUCAGUGUUUGGGAAGAGGGUCGCAGAUCCACAGGUUCUUGAGGGACCAGGCAAAGGAGCAAGAUGAUGACAGUGAUGAGGUGUCAACAGCAACCAAGAAUUUGGAGCUGCAACAAAUUGGCCAGCUGGAUGGCGUGGAUGACGGUUCUGAAAGUGAUGUUAGUAUAAGCACCAGCAGCACAACCACUGCUACUACUUCGUCAACACACAAAAGUUCAACAAAAAGAAAAGGUAGAGAAAGCAGGACAGAGAAAAUAAGCAUCGACUCAGGGAAGGAGACAGAAAAUACCCCAAGUGGGAACAGUCGUGACAGUCGUAAAAAUCAAAAAGAUAACUGUCUUCCAUUAGGGAGUGUGAAAACACAAGGACAAGACCCCCUUGAAACUCAAUUGUCACUCACCACAGAUCUCCUCAAGUCUGACUCUGAUAACAACAACAGUGAUGACUGUGGUAACAUCCUACCCUCUGAUAUUAUGGAGUUUGUACUCAAUACCCCUUCAAUGCAGGCUCUGGGACAGCAGACUGAAGCUCCUUCUGCUGAACCAUUCUCUUUAGAUGAGAGUUACGGGGUGGAUGUUAACCAAAGAAAGGACAUGCUUUUUGAAGAUUUCACUCAGCCACUGGCCAGUGCUGAACCUGUUGAGAGUGGAGUGAACACCUCCAUUGCUGUUGAAGAGUCAUAUGGUCUUCCCCUUGAGCUGCCCUCUGACCUCUCUGUGCUGACAACUCGAAGUCCCACUGUAAAUAAUCAAAAUCACGGCUCGCUGAUCUCCGAAACCUCUGACCGCACCAUGUUGGCUCUGGCCACAGAGGAAUCAGGAGUUGAGAAAAGCGGGAAGAAACCAAGAACAGGGUCCACAGUAUCCAGCAAAAGCCCACAGGACAGAUGUGCCGAUUCCCAGGUUCCAGAAGGUCACAUGACUCCAGAACACUUCAUUCCUGCGCGCAUUGAUGGUGACCAUAUCACGAGUCCUGGAGUAGCACCUGUGGGAGAGACAGGGAACCAAGAUCUGACAAGGAAUAGUAGCACGCCAGGUCUUCCCAGCCCACCCACUUUACCUCUCCAGAGUCAGAAGUUCAUCCCUGCUGCCACUGUUAGUACAGGUCCUGCUCCGAUUGCAAGCUCUGCUGUUCAAGCUACCGCCUCUCAAUUGAAGCCUGGCCCAGAGAAACUUAUAGUCCUAAACCAGCAUCUGCAGCCACUCUAUGUAUUGCAAACCCUUCCCAAUGGUGUAACCCAAAAGAUCCAGAUUGCACCAUCUGUUAGUGCAACAGGUGUCAUGAACACUAGUGCCCCUGUCUUGACAGGCCUCAGUGGUGGCAUCUCCACCUCUCAGUCCAUUUUUCCUGCUGGUGGCAAAGGUUUAGUGCCUGUUUCUCAUCACCCACAAAUCCAUGCGUUCACAGGCACCACUCAGACAGGUUUCCAGCCAGUAAUUCCUAGUACCACGUCAGGCCUUCUCAUAGGAGUCACCUCCCACGAUCCCCAGAUUGGUGUGACAGAGGCAGGAAAUAGGCAUGAUCAUGCCUCUGGUGUUGCAAUGGUAUCUAGUCCUUCAUCCAUCACCCCAGCUCCAACUAUGCUCCCCUCUGGACAUGGCAAGAAACGCCUAAUUUCUCGUCUUCAGAACAAUAAGAGCAAAAAACAGGCUCGUCCAAAGACCCAACCCACACUUGCUCCUUCUGAUGUUGGGCCCAAUAUGACCCUCAUAAACUUGUCACCUUCACAAAUUGCUGCUGGAAUUCCUGCUCAGACUGGCCUGAUGGAACUGGGCACUAUAACUGCAACUGCAACACCUCAUCGAAAGAUUCCUAACAUUAUAAAACGGCCAAAGCAAGGGGUGAUGUACUUGGAGCCUACUCUCCUUCCACAGCCCAUGCCCAUUUCAACCACAACUCAGCCUGGCAUGUUGGGACAUGAUUCCUCGACUCGCCUGCUCCCAUGCACUGUGUCAGGGCUCAACCCCAGUCAGUCCAUUUUGAAUGUGGUGUCGGUGCCUUCCACUGCACCUGGAAACUUUUUGGGAGCGAGCUCUGUAUCGCUGAGCGCCCCAGGCCUCAUAAGUUCAACUGAGAUCACAGGAUCUAUAAGUAACCUUCUUAUCAAAGCCAACCCUCACAACCUGGGCCUUCCAGAACAACAGAUGGUUCUUCAUUCAGGAACCCCCAUGAUGUCUCAUCUUGCUAAUCCUGCCCAGACAUCCAUUGCCAGAAGCAUCUGUGUGUUUCCCCCAAACCAAAGCAUAAGCAUGUCUGUCAAUCAGCAGGUGGAGAAAGAGGGCAGCAUUCAUCUCCAGCACCCAGUCAGUCGAGUCCUGGCAGAUAAAACCCUUGACCCAAAUGUCAGUUCAGCUGGUCAAGUGGCUCUUGCCCCUAAUCCCAUCGCUCAAGAUCUGAACAAAAGUCAUGUUGUUGGUGUCCUCACUCAGAGUUCACGAACUUCUCCCAUUUCUCGGCCACCACAUCAGCAACAGUCCUCAAAGUUACCUGCUGGAGUGGCAUCCACAGCCGUUGGGAAGGGAAAGCAAAAGCCCAAAAGACCUCGACCAUGCCCAGAUAAGAGUCGUGGAAAGAAACACAAAGGACUCCACUCAGAUACACCAACUGUUGACGCAUCUGCAAUUCAGUUAUCAUAUUUACCAGGGGACCGGGAACUUUCAUUGCCUGAGCCAAUGGAUACAGGGCAGUCAAAUGAAACCGGUUCAAAAACCAGUGACUCGAAGACAGCCGAUUCUUCUUCUCUUAAACGUAAAACCAUGGACACUCAUGAUGAGAAGCCAAAGACUGCAGGACUGCCUAGCAAGGGUGAUGGGAAAGGAUCUAAUGCAUUUUCAGUGGAAACACCUGAUCAGAGGGACAGUGGCAGAGACUCCUCUCUGGACUACAAGCCCAAGAAAGGGCUCAUAUUUGAAAUCUGCAGUGAUGACGGAUUUCAGAUUCGCUGUGAAAGUAUUGAGGAGGCCUGGAAGUCCCUGACAGAUAAAGUGCAAGAAGCCCGGUCCAAUGCUAGACUCAAGGCACUUUCAUUUGAUGGAGUAAAUGGGUUGAAGAUGCUCGGUGUGGUUCACGAUGCUGUAGUGUUUCUACUUGAGCAGCUAUAUGGAGCCAGGCAUUGCCGAAACUACAGAUUCCGCUUCCACAAACCUGAGGAAUCAGAAGAUCCUCCUGUCAACCCUCAUGGAUCUGCCCGUGCUGAGGUGUACCACAGGCGAUCAGUUUUGGACAUGUUUAAUUUCCUGGCCUCCAAACACCGUCAGCCUCCUGUAUAUAACCCCCGGGAGGAAGAUGAGGAGGAGAUGCUGCAGAAGUCUGCUCGACGGACCACCAGCAUGGACUUGCCACUGCCUAUGAGGUUUAGGCACCUAAAGAAAGCAUCCAGGGAAGCUGUGGGUGUCUACAGAUCAGCCGUACAUGGCAGAGGUCUGUUCUGCAGGAAAAACAUUGACGCUGGAGAGAUGGUGAUCGAGUAUUCUGGCAAUGUCAUUCGCUCUGUCCUCACUGACAAGCGGGAGAAAUACUAUGACAGCAAGGGCAUUGGCUGCUACAUGUUUCGUAUCGAUGACUACGAGGUUGUGGAUGCCACCAUGCAUGGUAAUGCAGCUCGAUUCAUUAACCACUCAUGUGAGCCCAACUGCUACUCCCGCGUGGUCAGUGUUGACAGUCAGAAGCACAUUGUCAUUUUCGCCACACGCAGAAUCUAUAAAGGCGAGGAGCUCACGUACGAUUACAAGUUCCCCAUCGAAGAACCAGGAAAUAAGCUGCCUUGCAACUGCGGGGCAAAGAAGUGUCGCAAGUUCCUCAAUUGAAAGCAAACUCACAAGCUAAUACUGUCUGUGAAUGCUAUCAAGAGUGUAUUCUUGCCAGGGAAGAGACAUUUUAAAUGUGUUUUUUUUUUCUUUUUUUACUGAAGCAGGCUCAGGUUAUCAGAAGGUUAAUGGUAUUGUGCCUCUUAAGUUGUUUGAUUUUUAGAAAAGACAAUUGAGCAGAGUCGCAAUGCAGAAGAUUGCCCUUGUGUCCCCUUUAUUAAUGCCCGAUUUAAGAGAUUAGUGCCCCUCAUUCUUAACUUUUGUAUCAGAUCUUUUAUUUUACUGUUUUGUUUUUGUUUCAUUUUUUUAAAGAAGGAUAUUGUGAAAAGUUUUAAAUUUGUAAUAAGUCGAGUCUGGCCUGCCCUUAUUUACUGAGUGUGACAAAUUGCUGAAAAAUUGCCACAUCGUUCCAUUCUACACCAAAGUGCAAUUUUGGAAGGGAAGGAUUUAAUGUUUUUAGAUUGACGAUACAUAAUCCUUUUUUUAGUCUGACCUGUUUAGACAUCUCUCCCUUUUUGAAUGUACAUGGAAGCCUUCAGAGCAUCCAUGGUCGUCCUUGCCAAGCUGGGCCUGAUUCUCUGUAUGGAAAACACUGUAAAUAUCUCAUAGGAGAGAUGAUGUGGGGAAACACUAGGGGGAGCAGUGGUCCCAGGAAUAGAUUUGAAGAAAAAUGGUAAAUGUUCUUUUUUGGCAAUGGUAGGAAGAAAUGUGUUAUGAAGAGUAGGCAAGGCAGAGCUUAUGAGAUGUGUGGCUGGCAGGUUGAGAUCCUGGUGGACUGACCAAUGGACCAGAGCCAUUUCUGAGGUCUGGGGGGGAAUAACAUGCUUUUAUUUACUAUACGUUUUUAUAGUAAUUCAGAGAGAAAGUAGCUUAAUUGCGUUGUAUUGCAUUAUUUGCAUGUUGUUACAAAAUCUCAUAGGAUUUUAGUGAGUCCAGAUGCUAUUACCAGUUUAUUUAUUGUGUCUCACCAUUAGGGAGUUUUUUUUUUUUACUCUCUAGGCCCGUAUUUGUGUAUAAAAUGAUAAAAUUACGUUUUUGAGGCAAUUUAAGAACUAUUUUUGUUGUCUCAUGUCACUGACAGAAAUAUAAUUCGUUGAAUAAUGUAAAUAAUAUGUAUAUUUUUCUAUACAAAUGACUAAAAAAGCACUCAUUGGUGAAUAGCACUUAAUGGUAUUUAUAUUUUUAAUAAUACAUUGUAUUUAUUUUAUCAACAUUUUUGUAGGAAAGAAUAGAUAUAGAACACUAAUGCUUUGUCCAGACAUUUUUAUAGCACUGUCUCAAUAUUUUUUUUUUUUUUUGUAGCCCAAAUGUUUCUUUCGAUUCCAAAGACUGAAGCAGUUACUGUUCCCACAGAGUGCGGUCCACCAGUGGCUCUCAUUGCCAACCCAGGUCAAGCAUGGACAUUUCAAAUAUCAUUUCAAAUAGGUGUGUAGGUUUAGUGAGCUUUUCUAAGUGCAGAUCGAUUUGAUGCGACUCUCCUUUUUUAGUGCCAGCCUUAAAAUCACAUGCAAGAACAGCCCAUCUUCCCUUAAAAGUCCCUCUUUGCGUUUUCUAAACUUGGAGGAAAGAUGCAUGAAAUCCUUCUCUAGCAUUCUAGCAACUGACAAGUCCCAAAGUUUAUUCCAUAUAUUUUGUUAUAUCAAAAUAUUUUCUUAAGAGAUUGGUGUAAUGCAAGGAAUCGCCACAGAGGCUAUCCCGUGUAAAAUUACUUGUAAAGCACUAUAUGUAUGGAGGAGGAGAGGGCGGAGGGCUCUUGUUUCCUCACGGUCUUGUACACUGAAGAUCAGUCUUCUUCCCAGUCUUCUUCAACACAUGUUGCCUUGGCACUGCAUGGACGCUCCAGCCAGCCAUUCAGUCAAUGCACAUUAUUUGCUCGUAUCAUCUCUUAGUUUUGUAAAUGUCGACACUCCCCACACCUGUUCCCAUCUGGGCCCUUUUCAGAGCUCGAGUGUUGUUUGACCCCUAUUUGAAUGAGGCUAAGACAGAUGUGGCUUUAUUACUUUUGUGGAUGUUCUGUGGAUUGUUCUUCCAUGGUUCUUCCGUAUUUCAGAUCAGAAGUUUGGUGCCUUCUCUGUCAAUUUCUCUGGUUGUUAUUUUCGUUUUUGGAUGUUAGGCGUUAGAACUUGUUCGGACAGUCAGCUGAGAAGCUCCAGACUAUGGAGAAACGUUCAAAGCUGUUUUAACUAGGGCACAAACAGAUUCCACUUGAAAUUUGACUCGUUUUAUUUUUUAUGUAAAGUUACGAUGCUUUUUAAAGGGAUGCUGUAGCAUAAGAAUGGCUUGGGAUCUGUACAUACCUCUAGACGAAGCUGCUUUGUGCAACCGUGGCUUCCUUAGCGAGCCACUUUCAAGGCCAGUUCCUCUGCGUCUCAUUGCCUUGUAAGUUUAACUCUAAAACAAUUGUUUUUUUGUUUGUUUUUUUCCCCCUUGGCCACUGCAGACCCCCUCCAGCCCUCACUGUACCUAGGCUGCAAUCAUUUUGACUUUUCCCAGCAUUUCACUUUUGACUAUGGCACUGAAGAUCAGAGUUCUGUAAGUUUCCUCACAUUGAACAUUUGUUGGCUGCUGCCUCAUAUUUGUAUAGGUGUUUAUACUGAUCAGAAUUUGCGGUUUAGCCAUCUUUUUCAGGGAUUCUUGGGGGUCUCGCCCAACUUUCCUCUCGCCCUGGCACCCCUGUGGAACAGGACGUGUUGAACUCUGCAGCUAGGCCGUUGUUGAAUGUAUUCUAGAAUUUUGUUUUGUUUUUUAUUUUUUUAUUUUAAUUUUCCAACAUGAAAGGCUGGGAAGAUACGGGACAGCUUUUUCUUGCAUAAAAUAGGAGGAUUAUACAGCAGGGUUCUACAGAAACUAUUGCUCAGUCUAACGAAAUAAGAUUUUUAUUUUAUUAAUAUAUUUUUUUUGUAAUGCAGUUACUAAUCCUAAGGGCUUUGUAAUGGACUCCUGCACAGACAUCAAUACAACGUCAGAUGCUCCAUAAACUGGUAUAACAGCGCUCGGUCAGUGUUUCAGAAGCAGACAUGGUCUGUCGUUUUCCUGGACUUUACUCUUCCACACCAUGCAAGUGGUAUCACACCUUCUCCUGUAAUUAUAAUCAACAGUAUAUAUGUAUACACAUUAUACAUGGAUAUAUUUAAACUAAACGUGUAUGAAUAGUAACUUGUGCUUCAAUAUCUACACAAUAUACGGAAUGGACAGACAAACUUAGUAACAGUAGCAAACAGCAGCUUCAUAAUGGUUAAUUGCAAUGUUCAGUGUAUAACCUAUAAUGGUUUUGUGUUACAGAUAAACUUUAGAGUAACUAAUGUGCAUCAUUUUAAUAUCAAGAUCAAGUACCAGUUUUCCUGUGCCUGUGAAUGUUCCCUCAGUGGAGCAUUGCAGUUUUUUUUUUCUUUUAAUUUGUUCGUUUGUUUUAACUUUUUUUUUUAUUAUUUGGAAAGGAGCGGUAUUUAUAUUAUGAAACGUGUUCAUGUAAAAUGUGGUUGUAAACUUUUUGAGCAUUGAUAAUUUGUUUGCUUUUGAUGGUGUAGUCGGCUUUAUUUUACUCUGUACAUUUUUAACAGUUUGUGGACAUCAGGAAAAAAUGUCCUUGCCUAAACCCAGCCAUGUCACCUAUACCUCUCUCUCCUAUUGGUUCUUAAGUUGUACUUUUUCUUAUGUGAUGUUCUGUAAUGAGUAAUGGUAACCAUUCUAUUUAUUUAUUUCUGCAAACAUCUCUAGAUGUACACUGAGGUAAAGCUCCAUCUGAGAGCAGGUGACUGCGCUCCCUGUUUUUGGAAUUUUAACAUGGUUCACUUUGUACAGAAAUGAGUUGCGGACCAUCGGUGGUACUUUAGGGAGUCAGAGAGGUCUUGAGAGGGAGAGAUUUGAACUCCUUCCUCUUGGAGGACACAAGUUUUCCUUUGUCUUACCAACACUUCCUUUCCCCUGUAGCUUCGAGAGAUCAUGUUGAUGUUAAUACUGACUUAUUUUUUUCUCCAAGUUGCCCCAUCAGUGUUUUACCAUUUUACAGAAAAAUGAAGGAAAAUUUGUUAAUC